AUGCAACAUUUUCUUUCUUUGGGAUGUAUCAACAAGAGUCAUCGCAUCAAUCUUUAUUUAGGCAGCCGAAAAAAAAAAGAAGAAGAAAGCAAGAAAGAAACAUUCUCAUGCAAAUGGCCUGAAGAAAAAAGAAUCAACAGCUUUGAGAAACGUGAAAUUUGGGUAUUUUGUGUGUCAAAAUACAAAGCCAUAAGAAAAGGUUAA